AUGUUUCAGCUUCUCGGGCUUGAUUUCUCCAAACGAUGUCUUGCGACGCUCACGCCCAAGAAAAUCGACCCGCAGGCGAGGACAUCAAGAUGCUUAACCUCGAAUACUUUCAUCCUUGCACCCGCUUCACACCCUCGUUACGGUGCUACACGAUCUCAAUCGACUCGUUCAAACGGACCUAUAUGCAGAUUCAUUAAUGCCGCCUCCUUUAUCGGGAAACCACUUCCAGAUGGAGAACUUUCGGAAUCUGCUCUGUUGAGACGGCAAAAACCUACAUCAUUUGGCAAGUGGGUAGACAAAGAAAAACGACGGUGGAGUGAAGAGUAUUUAGCAUGGUCUCCCCAAGAACGGCCUCCGAAGUAUGAAAGGAUGACGAAUUCAGGUCACGAUUGGUGGUUUAUCAAUCACUCUACAACCGACCCUACCAGGCCAACAUUUCUGGGUGUAGCUGAUGGUGUCGGAGGGUGGACGGAAAGUGGGAAUGACCCGGCGGAAGUCUCGCAAGGGAUCAUGUUUCAUGCCAAUCGGAUAUUGGAAGAUCGAUCUACUUCGCAGACGGACGACAGCCCACAAUCAUUGCUAGCCAAAGCGUUCCAAGCCACCUUAAAGGAUGAUCAGGUCCGCGGAGGAGCUUCGACUGCAUUGAUAGCUCAACUGGACCCGAAAACCGCUCGUCUUCAUUGGGCCAAUCUGGGCGACUCUAGCAUGCUCCACAUCAAAGCCGGCGCGGAGAAAGUGGGCGCUCAAACGAAGGCGCAGACACAUUCCUUUAACUGUCCUUACCAGCUCACCAAGUUCCCGGCUGAAUAUUCUACCCAUGACUUCGACCCUGAUACCCCCGAGAUGGCGGACUCGGGUACUCAGAUCCUCGAGGACGGUGAUAUUGUGCUGCUUUUCACCGACGGUAUCGGUGAUAAUCUUUGGACUGAAGAGAUUCGCUCCCUCGCGCGAUUGAUACUCAAGAGCAAAGCAGAGUGGAAUGUCGCCGACCUCGUUCCGGCCCUCGCCCAUACAAUAUGUCACGGGGCUCAUAGAGCUAGUUUUCAAAAGAAUCGAUCGACGCCGUUUGAAGCCUAUGCUGCAAAACAUGCAAUCACUGAUUUGAAAGGCGGGAAAGUUGAUGACAUCACUUUGGUAGUCUCUCUAGUGCAGUAUAUAUGA